AUGUCUCAGCCUUACCCCCCUCUCCUGACACCUCCACAUUGCGCCACGCCGCCUCCACUACUAUCUUCCAGGGUCAAUGAGAAAAGCGACUUCAAUAUCUAUGACGAUAUUGAAUCAAAACCUCAUGUGUGGGAAGAGCCGGUUGUCGAGAAACCCGACUGGGAUGGCAAUACUAUGGGACGAUUCCUAGAGUUUCUCCAUACUGGGGACUACCGACAUCCUGAGCCGAGCUCUGGGCUAGAAACUAUUAUUCUAGAAAGCGAGGGCGUGCUAUUAGUGCACGCAAAACUAUACCUACUCGCACGUUAUAAGAAUCUUGCUGCAUUGCAAUCUUUAGCAGUGAGCCGGCUAAGAACAGCACUUGGGCUGAUUUCUAUAUCAGAAAGGACAGCCAAAAAAGUUAUAGAGCUACUGCAGUACAUCUACUCUCGUACAAGUCCCCAGGAGCCCGCGAGGGAGCUUGUGGUGGGAUAUGUAGCGGGGAACUUCAGAACGCUCAAGGCUGUGAGCGGCCGGGAGAUGAAGUUGCUGCUGUGUGGAGGCGGCGAUCUAGCGGUUGAGUUAAUGCACAAGAUGGUUACGAGACAAUUUGGGUCUGAAAACGGCUUUGGUGGGAACAUGGUUACUAUACUUGAGAGGGUUGAGAGGGGGGACAGAAGAAAUGAAGGUAUUGAAAGCGACUUGGGAGUGCUACAUGUUGAGGCAGUGCCGCGGUUGGAUGCUCUAAGCACUGAAGCCCUGGUAGUUGUAGUAGACAAGGGCAAAACUAGCGAAGAUCUUAAAGAUACGAUGUGUGAGUUGAAGGCCUGCCACAUGGUCAACAAGGAGCAAUCGGUCCCACAAAACGAGAUAGUGGAGGAGGGCGGUGGUGAUAUCGAAGAUAUAAGUGCAGCAGUGCAGGGUAGUUUCGCGGAAAGUUCCUUAGAAGAUAAGAAGGAAUUUGCUACCGUGACUGAAACGUUUGAGGCGAGUAGUAACGGUGCCAAAAACAUGGAGAGUGAGUUGAUGGGUGAUGAUCCAAACAUCAACGAAUGUUUGGAUCCAGUGGCUGUGGCUGAUGGGGCGAUUGGGGAUAUUCAAGAUGUUGAAGGCAGAGAGGGCGAGGAGGGCGAGGAGGGUGAGGAGGGCGAGGAGGGUGAGGAGGGUGAGGAGGGUGAGGAGGGUGGGGAGGGUGAGGAGGGCGAGGUUAUAGCUGGCCUUGAGGUUGGAAAGGAGGACUUGGUAACAGUACCUAUUGAUAGAGCUGAGGAGCCAAAGAAUACUGGAGGGAUUAAAGGUUCGGAGGAUGAAGUAGACCCCUCCGUCACGAAGACCCCGCAAACAGAUAUCCCCGGGGCCGUCGAUCAAUUAAAUAGAACUCAGAUACCUGUAGAACAAGAUGCGGUUAGGGGUGGCCGAGUAUUGAGUCGGAGGUUGUACAUUUCUUUACAGUCGUGGUUUGGUCUCCGGCCACCCGUGGAAGCAUCUUGGAGAUUGAGAUAG